AUGCUGUUAGGCUUUGUAAUCUUUUAUACCGUUCUCGCCUGGUUAACCUUCUUCGUACGCUGCAAGCAUUUCUCUGGCUUCUGGGAUCCCAAGUACGCGAACACUUGCUAUCCGUUGAAGUAUGUUAUGCACUUUGGAAUAGCAAACUCGGGUAAGGCUACAACUGCGAUGAUCGGAGAUGCAUUGGCUAAUACAUUGGUAGCCUUCAACAUCUUCACUGAUGUUUGCUUCGCCACAUUGCCCAUACCAAUUGUAUGGAAUCUCCAGAUGUCUUCACGGAUGAGAAUCAGCUUGAUAGCUGUACUCAGCUUAGGCUAUGUCGCGGUGGUCAUGGGUAUUGUCAAGACGGUAUAUCAACUCACCAUCGUCAAAGACAAGGACUCGCAUUUUGUUCAGCUCAAUGUUGGAAUCAUCGCCGCCUCAAUACCCACGCUAAAGCCACUUUUGCGAAAAAUCAGCAAGUCCACAAACAGCAACCAAUACAAUCAAUUCCAUGACGGCGACAAAGCCAGGACCAUCGGCAGCGCACCACCUUCCAGACCUCGCAAAUCGAUCUUGACCACGCUGGGCGGUACACGAACGGAUAAAAACGCCGAUACCGAGGCAUAUGAGAUGUGGAGGGCGACUGCAGGAUCGGCACAAGGCGGGAAGAAUGAGGUUUAUGCUGUCAGCGAGGAGCGCGCAGGAAGUGAGGACUACAUUCUUGGAGGACAUCCACACGAUUCGAAGCAGAUCAAAUGCACAACAGAAGUGACUAUCAACAAUGAGGGGAAAGACUCCAGGGUCUGA